AACGAAAGGAAAACAAAUUUGAUGUUCUGAGCCGAAGAAAUUGAUCAAUCUAAAAUGGCUUCUUCAAUUGAAAGCUAUAUAAACAAAAUGGUUUCAGUUGUAACUUCAGAUGGAAGAAUUAUUGUGGGAACAUUAAAGGGUUUUGAUCAGACCAUUAAUUUGAUAUUAGAUGAAAGUCAUGAAAGAGUUUAUAGUGGUGGUCAAGGUGUAGAACAAGUUAUUUUAGGUUUAUAUAUAAUCAGAGGAGAUAACAUAGCUGUUAUUGGUGAAAUAGAUGAUGAUACAGAUCAGGGACUGGACUUUCAAAAUAUCAAAGCUGAACCAUUAAAUUCCGUUGUUCAUUGAUGAAAUUGGAUGCCAUUUAGGAAGUGUAUGUAUAAUAAGUGUAAAUAUCCAUGACUUUUAUAACAGGAGAAAUGUUAUAGAUUUAGUGUCUUAAAGAUAUUGCUCAUUAGUAACUAUAAAAUGUUGUGUGAGCUAACCUUCAUUGGGAUGCAGUAUAUUGAGAGUGAACUAUAUCCUGUUCAUCUGAUUCAUUCAAGUCAACGGAAUCAUCUUUCUUGUAUAUUUAGCAUUAAAUUCAACUUUUUUAUGUC